AUUAGCAUGUCCUCCGUCCAAUUCGGAGAAAGUGAGGGCCCUUCUAGGGUUGCCGCUCCAUAAUUCUUGUUCUCCUUCUUCUAGGGUUUCCUCCGCAAAUUCUUUGCUUUCUUCGUAGAGAGAUUGAGAGAUGGUGGGUCACGGGAAUGCAAUCCCACUGGAGGUGGUGGGGACGAUGAUCGAGAUGGCGGACGUCGCGUGGAGCGCCGUCGAGUACCGCCGCGAGCGCAAGGCCGACGCGGCGGAGGACGAGAUCUCCCACCUCAAGGCUGAGAACCUCCGCCUCCGGACCGUGCUCGCAGACAAUGUUGCCGUCCUCCAGAGCAUCUAUAAAUCCCCAUCUGUCUCCAAAGACUGCCCUCCGGACUUAUAUGCACGCCUUAUCGCUGCAGUGGACAGCUCAAGCUUCCUGACCAAACUUGAAUCACUUCAUCAGCAGUCAACAGAUUUACCAAAUGGCAAACUCCCAUCCAGUGAAGCCACAGGGGCAAAUUUAAACGCUGUGGAAAUUAUGGUAGACGUUGAUCGUGGAGAACCUAGUUGGUGGGUGUGGGUCACGCAUGAAAUCGACCCAAAUUGCUUGGAGGAAGUCAGUGGAAUUGAUAAUGAAAGUUAUGUCAUCAUUAGUGAAGAGAAUGUGGUUGAAGGAAUUGCUCACUUCAUAGCUCGAUGCAUCCUUGAAAACCCAAAAUCUAAGGUUUUAACGCCGGAGGAUCUACAGAAAACUGUGACAAGGGCUUUGGGUGGCAUUAAAGAUAGAAGCAAGUGGAGAAAUGUUUGGGAGGCUGGAAGAGUCAUUUACACCUUAUCAACCUGGGGUAUUGCUCUGGCAGGGUUAUAUAGACACCGGGCCAUCUUGAAAGCUGCGGCAAAGGGUGUUGGUGCAUCCACCAACCUUAUCCUGAAGGUUCUCUAAAAAUGUGGCAUUAAAUCCAUCCAUGUUAUAUGAGCCCCUGGCCAUCUUGAAAGCUGCUGCAAAAGAGCGUUCAUGCAUCCACCAUCCUUGUCUGGAAGGACCCCCAAUGGUGCAACACUAAGUCGUGUUACGCCAAAUCCAUCAUGUAAUAGCCAACUUUCUCAUUCUUUGCUUGUCAUGCCCUUUUGUACAGCCACAUGAAUGUUCACUGUUACGUUUGCAAGGUAUUUCUUGCAUAUUAUCCAUUAAGAUAAAGCACAUGCUGGAAGCCUUCUCUGAAGAUGGAAGGAGGGUAAAUGUUUUAAGUUGGCCAUUCUUGUAUGUCUACUUGCUUUACAUGUGGAACAUACAUUUAGUUGAUUCGUGGGGCACUUGAUCUCUGUGAUGCUUGCGUUCAAAUUGUAUGGCUACCUUGUUGGAA